GCUUAUAACAUCUUUGGUAAGACUCAAGACGCUUGUCAACCAGGCAAUCAAACGAAAGUAGCUAUUGCUAGCAAGGUUGUGGUUUGUUAAGGCUAAUGCAAAAUCGAAUUCAUUACAUUUACAUAAUUUGAUUUACGAGACCCAGGCCACUAUAACAAUUGCUAUAACGUCAUGGCAGACCAUAUUCACUGGCGGGCAGUAAAGUAGCGCCUUUUGAGAUAGACUCCUCAGAGAGUUUGUUGCAGUGGAACUAAAAGUGGGUUAUGAGUGUAAAUGAUGGAGGAAAAUCAGUGUGGAGAGGUGGACUAUCUUAUCCAAGAUGAAGACACGUUAAUUGAAGGUGUCAGCAACCAGGUUCUGUUUGUUGUGGUGCUCACCUUUACCCUACUGGCAGGCAUCUUAACACUACUAUGCAGAGAGGAGCAGCAGCAAAAUAUUCACCCUGAGAAUCAAGAGCAUGUUCGAGCUGUCCGCCAGCAACUACAAACAGAGCAGGAGGAAAAUCCCCAGCCAGAACCCAGGCAGCAGUAUUACAGAGACAUGUCUUGCCCUGUGUGUUUACAACAAGCUGUUCUACCAGUUGAGACCAACUGUGGUCAUCUUUUCUGUGGUUCAUGUAUUGUAGCCUACUGGAGAUAUGGGACCUGGUUGGGUGCCAUAAACUGUCCCAUAUGCAGACAAAUGGUAACAUUGCUCUUCCCACUGUUCCAUGAGCAUGCUGCUCCUCAAAGGGUACAAGAUGGAGAAGCAGAACCGCAGCUCAUCUUAAGGGACAUCAACGAUUACAACCGUCGCUUCUCAGGGCAGCCAAGAUCUCUAAUAGACAGACUACGGGAUGUACCCACCCUUCUCCGUCACGCCUUUAGGGAGAUGUUCUCGAUGGGGGGCCUCUUCUGGAUGUUUCGAAUCCGAAUUCUUCUCUGCCUGAUCGGAGCUAUCACAUACCUGGCCUCACCGCUAGACAUCCUCCCCGAGGCACUUUUCGGCCUACUGGGAUUCAUGGAUGACUUCUUCGUUAUCCUCCUCCUCUUCGUGUACAUCUCCAUCAUGUACAGGGAGGUGGUCACGCAGAGACUCAAUGGCUAGAGCGCCGCUCGUCAAUCAAAGCCACUCCUGCUCCCUGAAAGUUAAAGCUCAUUUUACGAUGGAGAUUUAAGGCUGAGUGAAUCACCAAAGGGAAGAUUUCAAUACGUCUGCUUUGUUCUGCUUAUUUCUUUGCCACUGAGCUCAACUGUUUAGAGUGAGGGAUUAAAAAAUGGCCUCUGUAUUUUAUAGAUACAGCCAAUUUACUGACUAUAUCCUCAAAUAGUGACAGAUCUUGAAUUGUUACUUCAGUACUAUUUACAACUAAAUAAUAAAACUUCAUUUGGUCUAGUGGUCAGCAUGUUUGCGUCAAAGCUUGUAUGGGUUUUCCCCAUCUUAAAUAAGCAUGCAUAUUAGGAUAAAUGAAAACGAAAAAUCGUCAAUCUUUGUGAAUGGUUGACUGUGUGUGCCUUUCGAUUGUUGGCGGAUUAAACCGUACAUCGAUCUAUUUAUGGUAUCAGAAUUGCAUUUUAUUUUGGUAUCUUGUGAUGAAUUACCAGUGUAAUAUAGGAUAAAUUAAUUAAUCCAGAAGACCAUUAUAGUAACUACACUUGAGGGGUGUUAUUUGGUAUAAUAGAGAAAAUAUGCAGCCACCUUAGUUCUUUAGAUGGUUUGCUUCUGAAACGACAGAAGGAAAUGAUUGUUUGCGAUAUGGUGUUCAUUAGUUCUAGUGGGCCAACAGUUCCUAUUACUUAAAAUAGUUUCUAUUAGCAGGGGCUACAAUGGAGGAAUGUGGUGUUAGCAUUUUGUUUUGGAAAUUUGUGUUUUAAGACAAGACCCUGUUUACAGAAUCUUCAGUACCAACAAAAAUAUGUGGCAUUGGGACUUAAGUUGCAGAAUUUGAGCAUUUCCAUCAAAUGCUUCAGGCAUCAUUUUACAACUCGUAUAACCUGUAAGCUAACUGCAUUUGUUGUGUUGAAUAUUCAAUUCAUGCAAAAUAAGAAAUCAUUGGAUAUUUCUAAAUGCAGAUUUUUUUUGUGUUUGUGUGUUGCAUCUGUGGCUGUGAACUGGUGCUUACUGUAUCCUGGACAUUUUUUUCUCCUUUAUAACCUGGACUUGGGGAAAUAAAUGUGAUGCUUGAGCAAUGUGCAAUUAAUACAUUGACUAUUAUUUAUAUUCCUGAGCAUGAAAUCAAGGUUUUUGAGGCAGCCAGCCGUUAGAAAUAGUUUUUGAUGGCACCCUACAGUCGGUAGGUGUGGGGGUGCUGACCUCGAUGCUGAAAAUGAUGCCUGCAACUGGAUUCAGGUUAUUUUUUGCCCUUUAAGUGUGGUAAUAUGCAGUACAAAAA